AUGACUGACAUGCCCACCAACGCUGGACAGCCGAUCAAGAUCAUGAUUGUCGGCGACUCGAUGUCCCAAGGCCACGAAGGAGAUUUCACGUGGCGGUAUAGACUGUGGCAGUGGCUUCAGAAAGAGGACGUUGACUUUCAAUUUGUCGGCCCAUAUACCGGCACCAAGACACCUAUCGAAGCCCAUCCCCCGAAGCCGCCUCCGCUAAAGGAUGUUUCGCCUCCUGAAAACAUGCUAGACGACAGUGGACCUAUUGAUGCUGGCGGAUAUGCACAUGGCGUGGAUUUCCCAUCACAUCACUUUUCGGUGUGGGGCGAACAAGCUGCUCAUUCUGCACAGAAUAUAAGCACAAACACAGAACUAUUCAAGCCGGAUUACCUAUUGGUUAUGUUAGGUUUUAACGACAUGGGUUGGGGUAUUUUAAACCCAGAAGGUACCGUUGGCGCCAUGAAGAAGCUACUGGCCAAUGCCCGCGCUGCAAAUCCGACUCUAAGAUUCGCCGUCGCGAACGUACCACAGCGAACUCCGGUGGACGGGACCGAGAAUUUACUGAAAAUGGUCAAGACUUAUAAUCACCUUCUGAAGGCAUCAAUUGGUGAUUGGAGUCUGGAAGAUUCUCCUGUAAAGUUGGUUAGGGUCUGGGAAACUUACAACUGCUCUGAGGGUAGCUACGACGGCCUACAUCCCAACAGCAUUGGAGAGUUUCAAAUUGCCAAGGCAUUCUCAGAGACUUUAACUGCUGAGUUUGGCAUCGGAGGGGAAGAACUGAAAAUACCAUCCAAUACUCCUGAGCGACCCACACCUAUCCCAGCGAACAUUACUGCGAAAGUCAUGCCUUAUGGUAUUGCAGUAACAUGGGCCCCUGUCUACGGUGCUUUCGGAUACGAUGUGAGAAGUCGCACUGGAGGCGAUUCGAAAUGGGAUACUUGGCGGAAAGAGACAAACCGGCAUGACACGACGGGUGUUCAGGAUGGAGAGGAGUAUCAAUAUCAAGUUCGGACGUACAACGGCGAUAGCCUUGCAUCACGGUGGUCGUCGAUAGUCACAGCUAUUGCGCAUCCGAGAACAGCACCACCUCCCACAGACAUUAUCGUUAGACCAGACGUCUCUUCCGUCUUUGUAACAUGGCAAGCGCCGUCUGGAAAAUGGGAAAUUGAUCGAUAUGAACUUCGCAUCAUAGACGCAUCGACAUCACUGUCCUUUCCUUUGAUUCAAGGUUACAAAAAUACGAAGGCAACUAUUGGAAAAGAACAUGUGAUUUUGGGACAUCGAUAUGAGACAUUUUUAAGUACCUGGACUCAAGAGGGCCCUGGCGCUUCCGCCUCAGGUCGCAGCUUCAUUGCGGGUUUCGGUGAACCGCUGGCACCAACACAGUUGCACCUUGAACUAAUGAACUGGACCUCUGCUCGAAUUACCUGGAAACCCUCCGAAAGUGCAACAGGCUACCGUGUCUGGGUGCGAAAUUUGAUUGAUGGCACUGAGUUAGUUGAAGAAGCGGGAAAGGAACUUGAGAGCCAUGUAGUCAUUUUCCCAACGCCGAGUGUAUAUAACUUUGAGAUUUGCGUGUCGGCUUUAAAUGGCAAUGAAGAAUCACCAAAGUCAAAGGGUGUCAUUCUGCCAAGGGAUAACGCGGAACUAUAA